CUUACCUACCACCACGCGCCACCGCCACAUCCCUUCCCGGCGGCCCUAAUUCAUAAACCGUCGGCCCUAAUUCUUAGCUUAUCUUCUUCUUCUCCCAUGGAAUCCAUUUUUGUCACCUUUUACUGUAUGGCCAUUGCUCAUUUGCUCCUCCACCUCUGACCAGUAAUAUAUGUAAUGGACCACUUGCUCUCAGUCGGAAAAUCACUUUCACAUGCCAACAAUAAAAUAACUUUUACUUUGAAUAUUCCCACAAAAAAAAACUUGAGAGGAAAGAAAAAGCUUAUAAUAAUCACAUUUUCAACAAUUUAUACCAGAAUUACAACCCAACGUGGAGAACUAGCUCUGCUAUUCUCCCCCUCUCUGGUAAUUUCAGCAGAGAUUACCAGUUUCCAUGGAUCCACAGAAAUGGAUCCUCUCCAUCAUCACCCUCAUCUGCAUUCUCGGCGCCUCCGUCUUCAUGCUCUCCGCCAUGGAUUCUUCCUCUAUCCGUACUGAAAUCAUUGGCCAGCUGAAUCGGGUCGUACCCGACGGAUUAGGCGGGUGGUCGGCGGUCUUCACCACUCCGACGACGGCGACAAAAUCCGGCGAGAACCAGAAGGGAAAACUCCUCCCUGUUCAAGUCAACCUAACGACCUGCCUCCCGACAUUCGGCCGGCCGGGUAAGCCCGUUUACUGCUGCCCGCCCCGAAACAUGCUCGACGACCCGAUCGUCGACUUCGAAUUCCCCGACCCGACCCAAACCCCGGUUCUGGUCCGCCGAUUCGCCCACCGCCUCGACGAGGAAUCCAUAGCCAAAUACGAGAAGGCGGUUUCAAUCAUGAGAUCUCUUCCGUACUCCGACCCGAGGAGCUUCACCCGGCAGGCGAAUCUCCACUGCCAGUACUGUACGGGUUCGUUUCUCCAGCAGCACUCCACCCUCCCGGUUCGGGUCCACAAGACCUGGAUCUUCUUCCCUUGGCACCGGAUGUAUCUCUACUUCCACGAGAAGAUCCUCGGAAACCUAAUCGGCGACGAAAAUUUCGCGAUUCCGUUCUGGCCUUGGGAUUUGCCCGAAGGGAUGACUCUCCCGGCGUUUUACCUAAACGGGUCGUUCAUCAAUCACCAGCGCGACCCGACCCAUUUUCCACCGGCCGUGGCAGAUCUCGACUUCCAGCUGGCUCCGGGAGGAUCUACGCCGGAGGAGCAGACGGAUCUGAACCUGGCGCUGAUGUACAAUCAGAUGGUCUCCGGCGCCAAGACGGCGGAGCUGUUCAUGGGCUGCGCCUAUAAAACAGGGGAAGGCGGCGACUGUUUUGGACCCGGGACGAUGGAGCGGGCCCCGCACAACACGAUCCACAAGUGGGUCGGGUCGGAGUUUCACACCGGGAGGGAGGACAUGGGCGUCUUUUACUCCGCGGCCCGGGACCCGAGCUUCUACGCCCACCACUCCAACAUCGACCGGCUCUGGGAGGUCUGGCGGUCGACCCACCCGGAGAUGAACGACCCGGAGUUCCUCGACUCGUACAUGUACUUCCACGACGAGAACCGCCGGUUGGUCCGGAUCCGGUUCAGGGACGUCAUGGACAUCGACAUGCUCCGGUACCGGUACGAGGACGUCGAGAACACGUGGCUCGCCGCCCGGCCGAAGCCUUCCGUCCCGCCGAGGCUCGCCCGACGAGAAAUCAGGGAGAGGGAGGAGCGGCUCGAGCUCCCCGGGAGCCACUUCGGUCCGACCGGUCGGGUUCUCGAUUCGCCCGUGACCGUCCGGGUGGUCAGGCCGAGGGAGGUUCGGAGCAGGACCCGAAGGGGGAAGGAGCAGCAGCUGGAGGAGAUAUUGGUCGUGGAAGGGAUCGACGUGAAAGCAGACGAUUUCGUGAAGUUCGACGUCUAUGUCAACGUCGUGAACGGCACGAUUAUGAGUCCAAAGUAUCGCGAAUUCGUCGGGACGUUCGUCGACAUCCCGUCGGGGUCGUCGGUGGGGAAGAAGAUCACGUUGAAGCUUGGGAUAUCGGAGGCAUUGGAGGAUCUUGAAGCCGACCAAGAUAGGGCAAUUUGGGUGACGUUGUUGCCAAGGACUGAAAAUUGCAAUAAGGUGAUAGUUGAUGGGUUAAGGGUUGAGUUUACUAGGAAAUGAAGGGAUUAGGGGGGGUUAGUGGCGCCUUUAAUUAUCCUAUGAUACCAUUUUAAGGUAUAAACGAUUGAAUGGUGUUUGGGCAAAUGUGGUAAUGGGCCCAGUUGGGCCCUAUUAUUUGUAGGCAGGCAGUGGGAUAUUUUUGCAUUAAUUAGGUAAUAUGUGGUACCAUUUAGGCUAUGUGGGUAAUUCCAAGGACCAAGUUGGGGGUGAGUCGAUGUCAUAAUUAAUAGAAUUGAAAGGUCCACUGAUGAAUUUCCAUUCAACAAAAGGGACAAGUCAGAGGACAAGUUGUUGAUUGGUAAUUGGUGAUUGUUAUUAUAGUACAACAUUAAUAAGAACUAGACCAUGUGUUGUUUCUUGCUCAUGCAAAGCUUUUUACAAUGCUAUAUAGUAUUGGUGCGAUAGCUUUUUGCUUUUAUGGUACAACUUGAAAUUGUACUUUUAACGUUAUGGUACAACUUCAGAUUUGUACCUAUACAUUUUGUACAAAUUUUUUUAUGGUACAAUUUAAACUUAUACCUUAUGUGAUGGUACAACUACAAGUUGUAAAGUUGUACCAUAACAUUGUACCAUAACAUAAUGAUACAAAUUCUUUUAUGGUACAACCUAAACUUAUACAUUUAAUGUUAUGGUACAACUUCAAGUUGUACAUUAAAGCACUAAUGCUAUAUAGCAUAGUAGAAGUGCUCCAAUUAAGUACCGAUCUUUCGAAGAGGCUUCGUACCAUAUGAAAUAGUUGAAUUUUUUUUAUAUUAUCUGUCGAUUUAUCUGAACAUUGAACCGAAAUCAGAUAAAUUUAAUAAGUAAUUUUGGAUGGAUGGAUGAAUGAGAUAUGUAUACAUUUAACUCAAAUAUCUCAUUUCAAUAAAGUACAUAAAUUAAU